AUGACAAAUCCUUUGGGUAUAUUAUAUUAUCCUCAAGAAUAUAUACCAGUUUAUCUUAAAACUUCUAAAAUAAUAUCUGAAGAUUAUCUUCUUGGUCAAUUAUUAUCAAUUGAAUCAAAUAAUAUAAAUAAUUUAACAUUAAAUUAUUCAUCAUAUAUAUCAUUUUCACUUGAACAAACAUAUUUAAAUAUAUCGAAUAUGUUACAAAAAUAUUUUUCAAAAAUCAUAUUAAUUCAUAUUAAAAAAGAUUAUUAUACACAUAAAUUUUCAUUUCAAAUGAAUACAACAAAAUUAGCUCGUAAUAUUUCAUUAAUUUUUUUUGAUUUACCAAAUUCUCAAAAAUAUCUAUUUACAAUAUAUAUAGCUUAUAAUAAUUCAUGUUUAAAAUCAAAAAUAAUUAAUGAUAAAUAUCUUAAAUAUAUAAUUAAUAUUGAUUUAUGGCAAAAUAAUUAUUUUGUUUAUUCAAUACCAAUUAAAUCAAUGUCAAUUGUAUGUGCACAAGUUGAAAUUACAUCAAAAGAUGUAUCUAUUCGAAAUUUAAAACGAACAGGAUAUUUUCUUGUUGUUGAAACAGGUUGUUAUGCAUUUAAUAGAAAUAUUAAUGAAGAUUAUUAUACAAAGUUACAAGAUGAUAAAUGUCAAUUGAUUAAUGAAAAUAAAAGCUUAUUAAAUGGUCAUUUAUUAUUACCAAAUGCUCAUGUAACAUGUUAUUGUCAUACACAUACAACAAAAUACUUUGUUUUAUGUCAACCAAAACCAAUUCUUGUUGAAUUCGAAUUAAAUGCUCAAACUUGGCUUCAUUUUUACAUUUAUCUUUCUUUAUUACUUUUUAUAUUUCUUAUUCUUGGUCUAUAUGCUAUUUAUAAAGAUACAUUAGAUGAUUAUAAACCUUUUAUAUAUUUUAUUGCUGAUAAUCAAGUAGCUGCUGUUAAUGUUCAUCUUUAUCAAUUAACAAUAUUCACUGGUCUUCAACAAUCAACAUCAAAAGAUUUUAAAAUUUAUAUUCGUUUAAUUGGUGAAAAAUGUCAUGAUGAAUUACAUUGUUUAAAUUUAAAUUUAUCAAAUGUAUUUCAACGUGGAAGUGUUAAUCAAUUUUUAAUUACUAGUUUUAUCGAUAUAGGUCGAAUUGUUGCAUUGAAUAUGUGGCAUGAUGAAAUAAAUAUUAAAUCCGAUUAUUAUAUACGUCAUUGUAUAUUAUAUGAUUAUAAUUAUUAUCGAACAUAUUAUUUUUGUUGUUAUACAUGGUUAUCAUUACGAAAAGGUUUUAAUAUGAUUAAUGAAAUAUUUUAUGUUGCACAAGAAGUUGAUCAAUAUGCAUUUGGUCAUUUAUUUCUUUCAACAUAUUCAUGGCUUUAUUAUCAUUAUCAUUUAUUAAAUUCAAUAUUUAAUAAACAAAAAAUAAAUACAUUAUCAAGAAUAUAUCGUUUACAUAUUUAUUUUUGUUUAAUUAUAAUUCAACUUUAUUUUAUUCAAAUUCUUAUUAUAUCAUGUCGAAAUAUCGUGAUGAAUCAAAGAUGUGCUUAUAUUUUUCCAUCAUUUUUAUUUUUAGUUGAUCAAUCAUUUGUUGCAACUGAUUGGAUGGAAAUCUAUCAGAUCAUUCGUCUCAAUUUAUUUCCAUCACUUUUCAUUGCACUAUUUCUCAGUUCACUUAUUGGUAUUCUUACACCAAUAUUUGUAUGGGGUUUAACAUGUUUAACAAAUCGUAUUGAGCUCUAUCGUCAAUUAUCAACAGCUACAAGACGUUAUGAAAAUUUUAAUAAUUUCCAUGCAAUUAUAUAUACAAUGGCAUCAAGUAUAUCGGAUUUAAAUUCAUAUCGUCAAGAUAUAGAACAAUUUAAAUAUAUGCAUAAAUUUGAUUUACAACAUCGUUUUAGUAUUAGUACAUUAGGAGAAAAUGAUGAAACUAGUUCACAAUCAGAUAGUCAAAUUGAAUCAAAUAAUAAUUCUUAUGAUACUCAACAAUAUAAAUCAAAUUUAAAUCUUAAUUCAUAUUCUUCAAUGAAAACAAAUCGACAAUUCCAAAUAAAUAAAAUACAAACACCAAUCGCUUUAAGAAAUCGUUCAAUUUCAAUCUCUCAACAAAAUAAUAAAUUUUCACAACAAAAUCAAUCACUCGAUGAUGAUGAAGUUUCAUUAUCAACUGAAAGUUCUCAAUCGAGUAUACAACAACAAAACAUCAACAUACCAACAAUUAAAUUAAGAAUUCAUUGGCCAAAAAAAUCUAAUCAACCAACAUUUAAUAUGUAUAUUUUCUAUUUAUUUAUUUUCUAUAGUAUAUCGAUUAUUCUUGGUAUAGUAUCGAUUGUAUCUAUGUAUUUAACAAUGAAAACAUUUACAGAAAUAGAAAAUUAUUUUUUAACAUCAGCAAUUAUAUUUAUACAUAUAUUAACGAUAUUAUUUACAUUAGUUUUUGAAAUAAUUGUUAUAUUAAUUAUAUCAUUACUUAAUGCAACAUUUUUUCAUAUAACAGAUGAAGAUAAAUUUAUUUCAUCUGUUGUUCAAAUUCCAAUUGUAUCUAUGAUUGAUAUUAAACAACAUCCAUUAAAUCAUACAUUUACACUUAAUCGAGAUAUUACAUUAACUGAUGUACAAUUACGUGAACGUAUUCGUGAACGUUUUCUUGAAUCAUCAAUUAUUCGUGCUGUUAGAGAUGUUAUUGGUUAUAUUGUAUUCAUGGUUAUUAUUAUUAUGGUCUUUGCUAAUACAUCAGAAAAUAUUGAAACACGUUUAACAAUGAGACAAUACACAUUGCAAUUACUUCUUCGUGAAGAUAUUUUUCAAAAUAUUGAUCAUAUACCGGAUACUAUGGAUUGGAUUAGUUACUUUAUUGAAAAUCGUCUUUUUCUUGAACAUAAAAAUUAUUUUUGUCAAAAAGAUACAUGUAAUUAUGUUCAAAUUCCUGAUUCUCCAUUAUAUUUAAGUAAAAGUAUUCGUAUACGUCAAAUUCGUGUUGAACGUAAAAAUUGUCAUGAAAAAAUAACUCAUCUAUUCUAUCCUUUAAUACCACCAAGUUGUUUUGUUGGUGGAAAAAAUUUAAUGAAUGAUAAAAAAUUUGUGAUUGGUGGUCAACGAAAAUGUUCCGGUUGGGAAGAACCUUUAAUAUCAAAUAAUUUAUGUAAAGAUAUGUGUAAUUAUACAUCAAUAUGGUCAGCAUUACCCUAUAAAAAAAUAACCAAAUUUUAUACAACAUAUGAAUCACCAUGGUAUUAUAUGUUUCAUUUAUUACCAAAAGAAACAGUUGAACGUUGUAAUCGUAAAAGAAAAUAUUAUGAUUUGAAUAAAUAUAAUUGGUUAGAUGAAAAAACUUUAGUUUUAAUGAUUGAAGGAAAUUUGUAUUCUCCUCAAACAUCAUCAAUGAUUUCGUUUGUUUUAAUUAUUGAAAAAAAUCAAUAUGGAAUGAUUGAAAAAGAUAUUUUUAUUGAAGUAUCUGAUUAUAUAUUAGCAACAAUCGAUGAUAAUACAUUACAACAGAAUGAUACUGAACAAAUAUCAACAAAUGAAAGCGAUACUGAAAAACAAUUUGUUAUGACUAAUUCCUUAUUUGCUGUUUUAGUAUUUGUAAUUUUUACAACAAAAUUAUUCGAUCUAGCAAAAUUUACAAGAAAUUUUGGUUUUUAUGGUUUUGUUUUUUUUCUUCGUACAUUAUCAAAUAUAAUUGAUGGUAUAUUAUUAAUACUUUGUUGUUAUUAUUUUUUAUUAGUUUAUUUUGAUCAAAAUGUACUUCAAUUAAAUAAUCUAAUACAAUCAUUAAAUAUUCAUCAUUUAUUUGUAUCAUUUCGUGUAUUAAUUAUAAAUAAUACAAUAUUAAAUCAUUUAAUUGGUUUAAUAUGUUUAUUUGCUAUAUUUAAAUUACUUUAUUUACUUAAAUUUAAUCCUAAAACAUAUUUACUUGCUGAAACAAUGUAUAAAUCAGCUGAAGGUUUUAUUUUAAUAUUAUGUUUUGCAUUUUUAAAUUAUUUUAUAUUUACAUUAAUUGGUCGUUUAUUUUUUUCAAAUGAAGAAAAUUUUAAAACAUUUUUUGUUGCUUUUCGUGUUGUUUUAAUAUCAUCAAUAAAAGAUGCAGCAUCAACAGAUAAUGUUAUAUUAGGUACAAUAUCAAGAACAUUAUGGCAAUUUUUUCUUUGGGUUUUUUCUGCAAAAAUUAUUGAAUAUUUUUUAAUAUCAUUUGUUGUACAAAAAUUUUCAAAUAUUAGAAAAACACAUCAAUUAACAGAUGAAGAAAGAAUUGUUGGAAGAAUAUUUCAAACAUUUUGGACUUAUUUUGCUUUUAAUAAAAAAUAA